AUGAACAUUCUCCUCCUGUCCACCCUGUGCCUCUGUGGGCUGGCCACCCUGGUUGGCAGUGUCACAGUUCAGGAUGGGGAGUUCUUCUACUCCCUGGAAUCUGUGAAGAAACUCAAAGACCUGCAGCAGAGCGGGAUGAGGAACCGGAAGGCCCAGGGCUAUGGGGUCUACUUGUGCGACCACCCAGAUCUUCCCAAGGACUUGCAAUCUAUCUGCACCCGUUCUGAUGCUGCACAGGUUUUCCAGAGGCUGGGAACCAUAGCUGAGAACUCGCACACAUGUGAGAUCUGUGCCUACGCCGCCUGUGCGGGCUGUUAGCCGAGAUGCUGCGGCUGCGUUCCCGCCCCUUCAGCGCUGCUUCUGCCCUUCCUGUUCUUCUCUGGGCCCCCAGGUCUGCCCCAUGAAUGCAGUUCACCUCAGGAGUCAUGGCGAGGCGGACUCACGUGUCCCCGCCAGUGACCCUCAGCUCAAGAUGCCAUCCGGUCUGGGUGCAGGAAAGUGCCAGCUACAGGCAGAAACCCCUCCCCACACCCCAGGGCAAGAUCUCCUCACCACCACCAUCAGGGAUCACUGUGGCGGCAGAGGGCAGGAUUGGGGGGCGAGGGAAAGUGGGAAGGAGAAAUGGGCCAGGCCCGGGGGCCUCAGAUUGGAUCCUUGACUCACCUGCUUCGUUAAU